ACUCAUAUAAUAUAAUGUUGUUGAUUCAUGAUGGAAUGGUAUUUUAAAUAGACGUAUAAUCUAUAGUGCCAUUUUUUAAAUAUGCAUUGGUUAGAGUGUGAAUUUAGAAAAGUGUGUAAUUAGUAAACGUCCAAAAUGAAAAUGAAAAGAAAACAUUCGUUAGACGAAGGACUGGAGUCUCCGUGUUGUAAACGUCUUUCAAUCUUUGCGUGUAUCUGUGCAUCCAUAUCUCUGUUAGUCCACACUUAUAAUUUUGUCGACAGUGGAGAUUUCAAACAUAUUUUGGAUAAAGAAGCUAGGGAUAUGAUGAGGAAUGUACUAGACGAUAAGUUAGAAGAAAGAAUCGAGGCUUAUUUUACGGAACUAACUGGAACUACUUCGCAUAGACUGAAGAGAGAAGCUAUGUUGAAACAGUCGCAAAUACAAGAAGACAACACAGUAACACCACAUGUCGAGUUCUUCAACCCAAAGAUGCGGCCAGAACUGGAAGAGAAAGAUGCUGCGGAGAUGCGCAGGACAGGAGCCAAGGGUCCAGCGCCUGGAGGAGAUACGUGGGUUUGGCUGACCAGCUACUCCAGGGUUCCUUACAAAGUGGUUCAAGGUUUCUGUAAGGCCACCCAAGACUACUGCCCUCCUGGCGUGCAAGGGCCGAAGGGUCCAACGGGCAUGCCUGGUCCUAAAGGGGACAGAGGUGAACCUGGUGCGCCUGGAACUCCGGGUCAUGCUGGGGCGAGAGGCCCAGUUGGACCCCCUGGACCCAAAGGUGAACGGGGUUUUCCCGGCAAUUCCGGUUUGGACGGCAGAGAUGGGGUCCCAGGGGAGCCAGGUCUGGACGGGAUGUCGGGCAGGAACGGUGCUGACGGUGCUCCGGGCAGGGACGGGCGGGACGGGAUCCCGGGGAAGGAUGGUAGCCCGGGCAAGAAUGGCAAAGAUGGGAAGGACGGUUGGGCAGGAGCACCUGGGCCCCCAGGACUGAGGGGUCCAAAGGGAGAUAGGGGUCCGAUUGGACCCAAGGGUCAGCGAGGUAACGAUGGGAGAGACGGCGCGCCCGGCAGGCCAGGGCUCUCUAUAUACAACUACACUAAGGAGAAAGAGCUGUUUAUACCUCCCACUUUUGCUCAGGAUCACACCAGGGUUAUAGUCCGAGAAAGCGACACCCUCCGCAUCAGCUGCAACCCCACGGGGCGGCCGGAGCCAGCUGUGGAGUGGAGGCGAGCUGAUGGCACUGCUGUUAUUCAGGGCUCCUGGAGGGAUGCGUCAGUCAGCGGGCAUAUGCUGAACAUUCCCAACGUGUCCCGCUGGCACACCGGCAAGUAUGUCUGUUUGGCUAACAACGGCAUGCGGCCUCCGGCGAACCAGACCACCGACGUUGAAGUGCACUUCAGUCCCUACAUCAGGGUCCCGAACAACAUAGUCUACGUUCAAAAUAAGUCAGCAAAAUUCGAAUGUGAGAUCCAAGCGUGGCCUGAACCAGUUUUAGCAUGGGAAUGCGACGGUGCCACUCUCGAAGGUCACCGCUACCGGACUGAAGUGUCCACCACUGCUGAGCCAUGGCGUUGGAUCAUGAGAAUGGAGUUCCACGGAGUGAGGGAACACGACCUGAGGCGGUACAGCUGUGUGGCCAAGAACGAGCUGAAUAAUCAGACGGUGAAGGGAGAUAUCAAGCUGUCUUUCCUCGGGCCAAACAUGCCGAUGCCAGUACAGCAGCCGAUGGAGUUCGGCUCUCGGCCCCCCACUCUGACGUCCUACGAGGAACUCUGUCAGAUACAACGCUGCCCGUCCUGUCCAAGAUGUGACCGAGCUCAGCUGCUCAUCCUGAGCAUGAAUGCUACUACUGGUUACAAACCUAGAAGGAACACUAAUUGUCAACUCUACGCUAUCGGCAAGCCUGUCUACCAUCGGUACAAAGAUGAAUUGUUCGGAGCUUGGCUUCGAGACUCCAACGCUUCGGACACACAGAAGGAGAAACUGUGGACAACGCAAGAGAAUGAUGUGGAGCGACUGCGGGAAUACAGAAGCAAAGUCAGCUUCAAGGCAGACCACGUCGACGAAUUCCACAAGCUACAAAAGCCUUUCUUCGGUAAUGGUCACAUUGUCUACAGCGGCUCCUUCUUCUACCAGGCCAACGAGUCCGGCCAGCCGGGCGACAUCAUCCGGUAUGACCUGACACAGAGCCGGAUCAAGUCCGUACACCUGCCGCACGCGCACGGCAGGCUGUACACUGCUCAGCACAACCAGGUGGACUUCAGUGCUGACGAUAAUGGUCUCUGGGCAAUUUAUUCGAUGGAAAGUUCGAACAACACAGCCGUAGCCAAGUUAAGUUUCGACCCGAACAAAGAUGGAUUGAACAUCGAUUACAUCUGGAAUAUUUCACUUAACCAUAAACAGGUUGGCGAAAUGUUUAUCGUGUGUGGAGUGCUAUAUGCCCUGGACUCGGCCACGGAGAGGGAAAGCAAGGUGACAGUGGCUAUAGACCUGUACCUAAAGAAGCCAGUGGAAGUCUCGCUUCAGUUCACCAACCCGUUCAGAAAGACUACGCAGUUGGGAUAUGACCAUAUGCAUAAGGAACUGUACUCCUGGGACCGAGGCAACCAAUUGACGUAUCCAGUCCGCUACAACGAGCUCCCAGGGCCCUGAUAGUUUUUAUUCAAGAUCAGUAUUUUUGUAUUUUAAAAAAAAAGUAAUAAAUACAUCUCAUUAU